AUGCGCUCUUACAUCUUCAUGGUCCUCGCGGCCCUCUUCGCACUUGCCUGUGCAGUACCAAUCACACCAUCAGCACCUCGACUUCAAAAACGGGCGGAGCAAUACCGACUACAGGGGCUGGCAGAGUUUCAAAUCGCUGAGCGCCUUUCAUCUUCAGCAUCAUCAUUCGGCGUUGAUCCUUGGCGGGCCCGCCUCAACAAGAAGUUGCACGCACUCCUGGACGCUCUACCAACAGAUGACGAGGGAAAGAUUACAAUUGAGGAGGAGGCAGAAGACUUCUCUGGCGAUAUUGCACCUGGUACUCUGGAAGCACCCUCAGCUCUUCCCAAGGCUUUGAAGGAAGCCAGUAUGUAUGACAGGCUAUGUGCGAUGUUCCACCGCGCAGAAAGCAGUUUCGGGUAUGAGGGCAAGGAGUUGGAGCUGCGUCGACCUGAAGGAGUCCAAAACUGGAAGCAGUCUUUUGGAAGUUUCCGUCGUCGUCAUUAA